AUGGAAACAGUGGACACUACCAAACGUCUGUCGCAGUUACGCGAUCUGAUGCGCCAACAUAAGCUAGACGUCUACAUUGUCCCUUCAGAAGAUAGUCAUCAGUCGGAAUAUAUUGCGCCAUGCGAUGCAAGACGGGAGUACAUAUGUGGUUUCACGGGGUCUGCGGGCACUGCUGUUAUCACGCUCGAUAAAGCGGCCUUAGCAACAGAUGGACGAUAUUUCAAUCAAGCCUCAAAGCAGCUAGAUAGCAAUUGGCUGUUACUCAAACAGGGCAUGGAAGAUGUACCUACUUGGCAAGAAUGGACUACAGAGCAGGCAGAAGGCGGCAAGACUGUCGGCGUCGACCCUACCGUUAUCACAGCCUCGGAUGCUCGUAAGCUGAGUGAGACCUUGAAAAAGAAGUCUCACGCGACACUGGUUGGAGUAUCGGAGAAUCUGGUCGACAAGAUCUGGAAAGACAGACCCCCAAGACCAGCAGAGAAGGUCAUUGUUCUCUUGGAAGAGUAUGCGGGAAAAUCAUACAAGGACAAAUUGGACGACCUGCGCAAAGAAUUAAAGAAGAAAAAGGCUGCAGGAAUGGUUGUCUCCAUGCUUGAUGAGAUCGCAUGGCUACUCAAUCUUCGUGGGAGUGAUAUCCCUUACAACCCUGUUUUCUUCUCUUACGCAGCCGUUACGCCGAAUUCGGCCACCCUCUACAUUGACUCGUCCAAGAUUGACUCGGAGGUGGAAGAAUACCUGCGGGGUGCCGUUGAUAUCAAACCUUAUGAUGCUCUAUUCUCCGAUCUCACCAACAUUGCCGAGGCCGCUACCAUGGAAGCGAAGGGAUUGACGAAGCAUCCUCCAAAGUUAUUGAUCCCAAACAAGUCCUCGUGGGCACUCAGCCUCGGCCUGGGAGGAGAGGACAAAGUCGAAGAGUCGCGGAGUCCCAUCGCCGAUGCCAAAGCUGUCAAAAAUCCGACCGAGCUUGAAGGAAUGCGACAGUGUCAUAUUCGGGACGGAGCCGCACUGAUAGAAUACUUUGCCUGGCUUGAGGAAGAAUUGCGGAGUGGCUCAUGGAUAGACGAGGUUCAAGGGGCCGACAAACUUGAAGAGAUUCGAUCCAAGGGGAAGAAUUUUAUUGGCUUAUCUUUCAACACCAUUUCCUCAACAGGGCCGAAUGCUGCGGUUAUUCAUUAUUCCCCCGAACGCGGCAAUUGUGCGGUUAUUGAUCCCAAGGCCAUCUAUCUCUGCGAUUCAGGGGCUCAAUACCUUGACGGCACCACGGACACAACGCGCACUCUACAUUUCGGCGACCCCACAGCGAUGGAAAUCAAGGCGUACACUCUGGUCCUCAAAGGCGUCAUCGGACUUGACCGAGCUGUCUUCCCUAAAGGCACCACGGGAUUUGCCAUCGACGCAUUUGCACGACAAUUCUUGUGGCGAGAAGGGCUCGACUACAGACAUGGUACUGGUCACGGUGUCGGUUCAUACCUCAAUGUCCAUGAAGGGCCUGUUGGGAUUGGAACCCGUGCCGCAUAUACUGAAGUACCACUGAGUAUCGGCAAUGUCCUCUCUGAUGAACCAGGAUAUUACGAAGACGGCAAUUUUGGAAUUCGGAUUGAAAAUGUGAUCAUGGCGAGGGAAGCCAAGACAACUCACAAGUUCGGUGACAAGCCGUGGAUUGGGUUCGAACAUGUUACCAUGGUGCCGAUGUGCAGGAAACUGAUCGAUCCGUCUAUGUUAGACCCCAAAGAACGAGAUUGGCUGAAUGCUUAUCAUAAGGAGGUGUGGGAGAAGACGAGUGGAUUCUUUACCAAAGAUGAACGGACGACGAGGUGGUUGAAGAGAGAAACUGCGCCGAUAUGA